AUGAAUCCGAAUUUCCAAUCGGGAAAUCAAGGCGGGUAUUCGCACCAAACUCGCCAAAGAGGUUACAACCAAGAUGGUCACGGGUUGACGAAUAAUCAAGGAGGUGGUGGUGAUUUGAAUGCAAAGAUGGAUGCAAUGCUUUCGAUGAUGCAAGAGUCCAAGAAAGAGAAUGAAAUUCGGGACAAAUCGCAUGAAGCAUUAGCAAAACAAGUGGGCCAACUUGCGGAGGAAAUGGCACAAAUGAGGGGGAGCAUGGGAAAGCUCCCAAGUGACACCACGGUGAACCCUAAGCAUCAAAGUUCAAGCACGGGCAAUGUGAGGAAUGUGCACAUUAGCGCGGUAAGUCUUCUUUCAAAUGAUGAGGUUUGUAGUAGUGUUGAAAGCAUUCCACCACAAUGCGUUGAUGGUGUAGUGGGAAAUACAAGAGAUGAGUUGGAAAUUGAGGAAUGGUACCCACCGAAGGACGAGAGGUGGGAAAAUUUUAAACAAGCAAAAAUUAAUUUACCGUUACUCGAUGACAUUAAAAAGGUUCCGGCUCAUGUGGAAUGCUUAAAGGAGUUAUGCAUCGAAAAACGGCACAACAAAUUACCCGAACCGGUUGUUUUGAUAUCACAUGUUAGUGCCGUUCUAUCGAGUGCCCUUCCUCAAAAAGCUCAAGAUCCGGGAGAUCCUCUUAUUCCAAUUCAAAUUGGAACCUUCAAAAUUGAGAGGGCGCUCCUCGAUCUUGGAGCUUGUGUGAGCAUUUUACCCGGGAGUUUGUAUCACCAAUACGAUUUUGGUCCAUUAAAAAAUUUUGAUACUCCCGUGGUAUUGGCCGAUCAGACUCCCACGCAUCCAAGGGGGAUGGUGGAGGAUGUGAUUGUUAAGGUGGAUGAUUGCUACUACCCAGUUGACUUUUUGGUAGUAGACUAUGUUGGGUGUGUUGAGGAUACCCAACCAGUAGUUAUCUUGGGUAGACCGUUCUUGGCAACUGCUAAUGCCAUAAUAAAUUGUGCAAUGGGAACGGUAAGCAUGAAGUUUGGGGACCGGGAAUUAAAUUUAAAUGUUUUUCCAAAUUUCACUAACCCGCUCGGUGAGGAUAAGUGUCCUAAAAAGGACAUGAAUCCAAAGAAAAAGGUGUGUGCUAUGGUUGGUAGGUUUGAAGAAACAAGGAAGGAAACAGUCAAGAAAAAGAAGGCGAAAAAGUCACCUCUAGAAAAGAAGAAGGAAGAGGAGGUGAGGAAAUUUGGACCGUUUGGCAACAAAUGGUAUGAAUCACCGGUGGGUGAUUUCGAGGAGUUUGUAGGCGGCAAGCAUGCCAUUCGACCACCAUGA